AUGGAAUCUUUUGAGAAUUUGUUAGAUGAAGGUGUUGAGGUUAAUGAUGAUGUAGAGCAGAAUAACAUUUCAGAUAAUGAAGAAGAUGAACUUGGUGAGUCUAAAAUGCCAGUUAAAAGGUGUAGGAGUCUUUCAUCUUCUGUGUGGAGUUACUUUGAAAAACCUAUUAAACAUCCUGAUGGGAAAAUAAGGGCUAAAUGCAAGUAUUGUAAGAAAGACCUUGUGGGUGGUGGGAGUCUUAGUGGCACUUCAACUUUAAUUUGUCACAUGAAAAGAUGUGAGAAUAGACCAAAAACAUUUGUUGAUUCCGAUGUUGGGAAACUAGUUCUUGAUCAUUCUGGAAAAAUAAGGAGUAGAAUAAUUGAUCAAAAUGUGUUAAAUGACAUGAUAUCUAUGAUGAUAAUAGAACAUGAUCUCCCAUACUCUUUUGUAGAACGUAAGAGGUUUAGAGAGUUGAUACAAUAUUUGCAUCCUGAUGCUAAGAUACCAUCUAGGCGUGUGGCCACUUCAAAUAUAAACAAAAUGUAUGAGUGUGAAAAAGAAAAAUUGAAACUAGUGUUGUCUAAACUUCCUGGCAGAAUAAACUUGACUUCAGAUGUGUGGACUUCUUGUACUACAGAGGGUUAUAUUUCAUUGACUGCACACUAUGUUGAUCAAAAUUGGAAAUCGCAUAGCAAAAUGCUUAAUUUCUCUCAUUUUCCUCCUCCACAUUCUGGGCGUGAAAUGGCUAAAAUCAUAUAUGGUUUCUUGGAAGAUUGGGGGAUUGAGACAAAAAUAUUUUCAUUAACUUUGGAUAAUGCUUCUUCCAAUGACAAAAUGCAAGAUUAUUUGAAGGAAAGACUUCUUUUGCAAAAUGAUAGUUUAUUGUGUGGUGGUUAA